AUGAAGCUGUUCGGCAAGAAGAACGAUGUCGCUGAGCCCAACGUCAGCACGGGCUCUGAUUUUGACAAUCUCGCAAAUGUUGACCCUUUGGCCACAAUCCCAAAAAGCCGUUGGGAGCGCAUAUGGCCAGUCAUGGCUUGUGGCUCUGGUCUUUUCUCCGACGGCUACAUCAAUAAUGUCAUUGGUUCUGUCUCCACCAUGCUAAAAACUAUAUACGGCAAAAAGUACACCGACAACGGCUCGCAGAAGAACGUCAGUGCCAUUGCUUUCGCAGGUACCGUUCUCGGCCAACUUAUUUUCGGAUACACCAGUGACAAAUGGUCUCGGUCGAAUUCUCUCCUCAUCUCCACCAUUAUCUUGAUCAUCUUCGCAGCCCUCGGGGCUGCCUCGUACGGAGGUGGAACGCUCAAUGGCAUGUUCGCGGCCCUGACCGCAUACCGUUUCCUGGUCGGUGUUGGAAUCGGUGGGGAAUAUCCUGCUGGAUCUGUUGCUUGUUCUGAGGCAACUGGCGAGCUGAAGAGCGGCACAAGAAAUCGCUGGUUCAUCCUAUUCACCAAUGUUAUGAUUGAUUGGGGUUUCGUGGUGGGCGCCUUCGUCCCAUACUUGAUGGUCGUCAUUUGCACCGAUAAGCAUUUGCGCUUGGCUUGGAGACUUUCGCUGGGAUUGGGCGUCGUUCCUCCGUUGUUGCUUCUAUACCUUCGGAUCAAACUCAAGGAGCCCGAGGAAUUCAAAAGGGAGAGUGCUAUGCUGGGAUCCAUCUUUUCCGACUUUGUCGGUCCGAAGUACGCUCUCUCAAUUGGCGUCUUCCUCCAAGGAAUUGUUGGCUUUCUCAUGGCUGGAUUAUAUCGUCACCUUGCCAAGCCCGGGAAUGUCGGUGGGUUCGCAGUUGUAUAUGGUAUUUUCCUCUCCCUAGGCGAGUUUGGUCCAGGUGACAAUCUUGGCCUUAUUGCCUCCAAAUCCUGUGCUACCGGUGUUCGUGGGCAGUACUACGCCAUCGCUGCUGCAACUGGGAAAAUCGGAGCUUUCGUCGGCACCUACAUCUUCCCGUACAUCGAGAAAGCUGGUGGAUCGGAUUCAGUCGCAACAGCCCAAUAUCCCUUUUACGUCUCAAGUUCCUUGUGCAUCUUCAGCGCAUUUUUAGUUCUGCUACUCCCUCAUAUUGGUCAGGACACUAUCACCACGGAGGAUAUCAAGUUCAGAGCGUACCUGGAGAGCAAGGGAUGGGAUACUAACCAGAUGGGUCUGAUGAAGGGGGAGAACAUGGAGGCUCCAGUGGAGAGUGGUUCACCAGUAUUAAGUGAGAAGAGGGCAGAGAAUGUCUUUCAGCCGUCUCUACUUAAGACAUUAACAGCAGACCUCUACACUCUCGGCUACACGCACCAGCUCAGCGUAGAUUCUUCACAAGUGGUAAUCCAAGCCAUGGCGCUGAAAUACUCGGCGCUGGGAAUCGAUACCGAGUGGCGGGUUAUGGAUGUGCGGGCGUUGGAGAUGGGGGAUGGGGGUGUGGAUGUGGCGGUUGACAAGGGGACGCUGGAUGCGUUUCUGUAUGGCAGUUUGUGGAAUCCGCUGGCGGAGGUGAGGGGGGAUGUCGGGAGAUGGAAGCUGGAGUGGGAGAAAGGGAGAUUGGAAGAUGGAUGUGCUGAUUUAGGUGGUGCUUUGUUACAACCACAUUUUAUGAGACCGAUGUUGGCUAGGGAUGAUAAGUGGGAUGUCGAAGUGGAGAUCCUGGAAGAUCCUGACGGUGGGGGCGGAUUCGAGUAUUUUGGCUUUGUGAUGAAGAGAUACCAAGAUACAUAA